AUGCGGAUUCCCGGGCGAGAGCUGAAGCGGACUCGGCUUUGCCGAAACCAAGCGCGAGCCCGAUGGGCCCGAUGGCCGGGGAUCGCGUCCGGGAGCUUUGCCUCAGACCGAGCCGCGAAUACCAAAAGAUACCCAAAAAAGCAAAUCCAAAAGCCAUCCAAAACACCGCAAAUUGUCCAAGCCGCUUUGCCGCUUUGCCUCUUUGUGAGGAGAGGACAUGUCAGUUGCUCCGACGGCGCUUGGAGCAUUCUGGCGACAUUGAACGAGGGGGUUGCCACUUCCAUCACAUUGCUUCUUCUCACAAAUGCUACCAUGCAGAUUCUCUUCAGCGUCAUCGCGACGCAGGAUUUCCUUGGCGCGGAGUUCUCUGAACAGGUGUGGCGUAGCGCGUAG